AGAACCGUUCGGUAUAUAAGAGGCUACGAUUCUGCGUCGGGUCAACUGCACCGUCCCAUUUUGACUUUUUAACUGUUCAAAAGAGAAGAAAGUCCACAACAAAGACCAGCUUCCGAGCUGAGAUGGAUCCGCGUGUGGUGAAGUGGGGACUAUUUGUGGUCAGUGUGCUGCUGCUCACACUGCACCAGAGUCAGGCUUCUCCCUUCAACCUGAAGAAAGAACUGUCUGAUUGUCUGGAGGACGCAGACUACGAUAACCUGCUGCAAACCGCGCGGAGCGGCCUCCCGCUCCAUGACACACAAGGUCGUCAUGUUGCCAUUGUUGGAGCGGGCAUGGCCGGACUGACGGCUGCAAAGCUGCUGCGAGAAGCAGGACACCAGGUCACCAUUUUAGAAGCUAGUGAUCGUGUGGGAGGACGUGUGGAGACCUACAGGAAUGAGAGCGCGGGCUGGUACGCCGAAUUGGGAGCAAUGAGGAUCCCAAGUUCUCACGAAAUCGUGCUCUGGUUUGUUGAACUAUUUGGACUCGGACUCAAUGAUUUCAUCAUGCAUGACCCAAACACUUUUUACCUGGUCAAUGGGCAACGAGAACGGACAAGUGCAGUGGAUGCAAACCCUGAUAUCCUGAAGUAUAAACUGCUGGAAAAUGAGAUGGGGAGGUCGGCCGACGAGCUGCUAAAUAAGGCUCUGCAGAAGGUGAGAGAUGAAGUGACGAAUAACGGCUGUUUUGCUGCGCUGAAAAAAUAUGACCGUUAUUCUGUGAAGGAGUAUCUGAAAGAAGAAGGAGGUCUGAGUUCCGAAGCGGUGAGAAUGAUUGGAGACCUGCUUAACGAACAGAGUCUAAUGUUCACGGCACUGAGUGAGAUGAUCUACCUACAGACUGAAAUCGGUGGCGAAGUCAAGUACUCUGAAAUAACAGGUGGUUCAGAUCUUCUUCCCAGUGCUUUUGAGAAACACCUCAGUGGCCUCAACGUGGACAUUCACCUCAACUCCAAGGUCAAGCGUAUCAGCCGGUCAUCUACAGGAGUUACUGUAUCAUACCAGAAAGAGUCCUCUUUGAUGCACCUUGAGGCAGACGUCAUCCUGGUAACAACCACAACCAAAGCAGCCCUUUUCAUGGACUUCGAUCCACCACUCUCCAUUAAAAAGAUGGAGGCCCUGACGACAGUCCACUAUGAAAGCUCCACUAAAGUCCUCCUUACCUUCAGUGAAAAGUUCUGGGAGGCGGACGGCAUCCAAGGAGGAAAGAGCAUCACCGGCAGGCCAUCUCGUUACAUUUAUUACCCCAGUCACAGUUUCCCAAACGAGAAAAUCGGCGUCCUCCUGGCCUCCUAUACCUGGUCUGAUGACUCCCUUCUCUUCCUUGGAGCAAGUGACGAAGACGUCAAAGAGUUGGUUCUGAGAGAUUUGGCGCUGAUCCAUGGCAAGGACGUUAGUUCUCUCUGCACAGGGGUGGUGGUGAAGAAGUGGAGCUUGGAUCCUUACAGCCUGGGCGCCUUCACCCUCUUCACACCCUACCAACAUUUAGAGUAUUCUAAGGAGCUAUUUAAAAGAGAAGGCAGGGUGCACUUUGCUGGUGAACACACAGGCUUCCCUCAUGCCUGGAUCGAGACGUCAAUGAAAACUGCAAUCAGAGCUGCUAUUAACAUCAACAAAUUCCUUCUCGAAAAAUCUGAAGAAACCCAAAACUGAGACAAGCUCUAGGCUAUCAAAUCAGGAUCAAUCAGCAUCAUCAUAGUAUUACAUGUUAGUGUCAAUGUCCAGUGAUGCAUCUUGUGAUUAUUUUCAUUUUUCAUCCAUAGAUUAUUUUCACAAUUAGUUGAUUAUUUACCAAGUAGAACAAAAUGCUCAUCACAACUUUACAAAACACAGUGAUGUCUUCACAUUGUUUGAUUUGUCUUACCAACGCUCCAAAAUCCAUCAAUAUUUUAUUAUUAUAAAUAACAAUUUAGUUAGAAACAGCAAAGUUUACCCUGAAAAAUCUCAAUGGAUCAUUUAACAAAAUAGUUCAAUAUUGUUUCAUUACAGUAACAUAAAAUAGGUCAUUGUCAUUUAUAAACCUGACCUUCAGAAAUUUAAAGACAAUUAAUCUUGUGUCUCUCUGAUCACACUGCAAAAUCACUUUUUCUCUAGCUCCAUCAAUUGCAAACCUUUAUUUUACAUCUGUCAGGAUAUUUAACCUUUUCACAAGUCACUCACACACA